UCUAGUGUACGGACAGCUUCUGCUGAGUGUAGGUCGCGGAUGGAUAAGGCCACUUGUUUCGGUAGCCAACUGGAGUUCAGUGUAGCAAAAGCGGAAGAUUAUGACUCAGUGGUAGCUUUCGUGGUCGAGCAUUACUACAAGGAUGAACCGAUGAGCAAUUCGUACAUCUACGAUAGCAACCCCGCGCACGAUGAUGUGGAGUUUUCCGUUUCGUUCCUCUUGCAAGGGAUGGCAGUGAAGGCUGUGGAUGUGGAUUGUGGAAAUCGUCUGGUCGGAGUAUCCAUCGCUAAUCCGGUUUACCCAGGGUAUGUGCAGGAUUUGCUGGAGGCAGCCGAGCAAGCCAAGACGCAGAAAUGGCGCGACAGCUUGAAGCUUUUGGCUCGACUUCAACAGUCGGUUAAUGUGUUGCAGCGGUGCAAUGUGUCCAAGUGCUACGAUAUUGAGAUUGUGGCCGUUCAUCCGGAAUACCGAGGGCGGUCAAUCGGUACGCGGUUGUUUGAAGAGCAGUUCAGGAGAGGCAGACAACUAGGGUAUCCAGUGGCAAGUGCAGACUGUUCAAGCUAUUACUCAGCUAGGAUCGCCGAAAGGGUAGGCAUGGAAUGUGUAGGCAGGCUAGCUUUUAGUCAUUAUAAGGAUGAUCAUGGAGUUCAACUGUUCCAACCAAAAGCACCCCAUGUAGAGAUUCAAACGUUUGUCAAAGUGUUGCAAUAAGUUGAUUACUUUUGAGAAGGCGUGAAAUGCUGGAUAGUUUCGGCUAAAUACUUAAUAAACGGAAUUCAGGUUGCAUGUUCUCACAAACA